AUGGUAGCAGAUGCUUUGCGAGAGGGUGACGGUCUACCUGAUUCAGCUCCUAUUUGUUCAUCUGAAGCGGAGGAUAUAUACCUUCGGAAGCCCGGUAAUAGAGUGGCUUCGAGUUCUUUCUCUACUGUGGAUACUUGGGAGGCCUUACAUCCGCGAGGGGAGACAGUUUUUUGGCACCGUCAAGUUUGGUUUCAAGGGAGGAUACCGAAGCACGCCUUUAUAACUUGGGUGCUUGCUAGUAAUCGCCUAGGAACAAGGGAUAGAAUGAGGAGUUGGGGCCUGCAGGUUCCUGAAAAUUGCAUCUUAUGCAAUACAGAGGAGGACACAAAACAACAUCUCUUUUUUUAUUGUUCCUUCAGCUCGGAGGUGUGGUGUUUCUUCUGCUCUAGACUCAGCAUUAACCCUCCUACUUUGUUUGAAGAUUGUCUUAGAUGGUUGAGUAAUCCUUCUUCUGAUGAGUUUGUGAAGUUGAUCAUUAAGCUUGUGUAA